UCCCCAGUCUCACCUUACUCUCAAACCACCGCUACAAUCCCUCUCGCUGCUUCUCUCUCCGUGUCCAGAACAACUUUUAACCGUCGCUCUUUACCACCACCACCAUCCAGGUUGACGACGUGCAAGCCUUGUGGAAAAGAGAUGAAAACGACGAUUCAGUGUUUUCAAGGAUCUGAGAUUUUAAUGAAGUAUCAG